AUCUUUAAAAGAAAAUAAACCAAACCAGCUCUGGCUGUUCUUUAUAUCCUGACUGCUGGUUAGGUUUUGGUAUUUAUUUGAGUGCAUUUAAUGGAGUUUUAACUUGAAUUAUUAAACAAUUACUCCUGUAAGAAAUAAAAUAUGUCCGAUGAAGGAAGUCCCAACAUAAAAAGUCUUCGAGGUUUCCGUUACCAUAAGAAGCCGCAACUUACGAAUGAUGUUCUAAAUUCUUCUGCAUCAACUGAGCGUAGAGGUAAAAGACUUAUAAUUCUUUCAUCCGAUUCGGAACCAGAAGCUGAGGUAAAAACAAUGUCUUGCCCACCAAAGUUUAAUCAGAAUCAAGAUGAUCCAAAUUCUUCGACGAGUGAAACUUCAUUUAAUACUAUCGUAGCUGAUCCAAAAUCAUCUCAGAAGAUCGAUGCGGUGCAGCCGAAUUGUUCUCAAACAAACAAUGUCGAAAAUGAGAAAAAACAAAGUCAAAUUCCAGUGGUUUAUACUUCCAGUCUCAGUACAUAUAGUAAAUUCAAUGGUUAUACUCCAAGAAAUACAAAAAAUCCUUCAAUUCUAGAGAAAGAAAAGCAAAUGAAGUUUCUGUUAGAAAUUUUUCCCAACUUAGAUGCCAUGAAAAUCCAUGAUUGUCUAUCAAGACAUGGCUUUAAUACUGAUGCUGCUGCUGCAGAAUUAUCUAGACAUUACAAUAAACCAGUAGAUUAUGGUUAUUCUGAAUGGAGACUAGAUUAUGAUAAAAAGGCAGAGGAAGUGAAACAAACAGAAAUGGCAAGGACAGCAUUAUUAAUUAAGAACCACGGCAUUAAAAGAGAAAGGGAUGAACCUAUUAAAAGGAAGAAAGUUAAAAGAAGGAAAUCCUAUGAUAGUGAUGAUAGUAUGGGAAGUCAAGGAUUUAAAGACAAACGGGUAUUUGACAGUGAUGAAGACUCUGAUGUAGAAUUGAGUGAUGAAUUAUCAGGUGAUAAGAAGAAGGUUUUUGAUUUCUUUCAAACAGCUAAUAUUAAUGAACUACAAUUGAUGAAUACUUGUUCAAAGAAAAAAGCAGAAGGAAUAAUAGAACUACGACCAUUUAGUGGUUGGAUUGAUUUGGUGGAAAAAUUACAAACCAAUAAAAAUUUGAGCGCUGAUUUACUAAAUGCCGCUCAACAAGUCAUUACCACUAGAAAUAACAUAAAGCAUUUAAUGAAAAAGUGUACAAAUUUAGCUCAACAAUUAGAAAGGGCGGUGGCAGCUGGAGCAGGAGUGAAAGAACAACCACAAAUCUUAUCUUCAAAUUUGAAAUUGACAGGAUACCAAAUGGUGGGACUGAACUGGUUGGUUGUCUUGUAUUCUCAAGGUGUAAACGGUAUAUUGGCAGAUGAAAUGGGACUUGGGAAAACUGUACAGAUAAUAUCUUUUCUUGCCCAUCUUAAGGAAACUGCAGCAGCCACCAGUACACAUCUUGUUAUAGUGCCUUCAUCAACGUUAGAUAACUGGAAAAAUGAAUUCUCUCGAUGGUGUCCAGAAUUGCGGGUAUUUAUGUAUUAUGGCAGUAUGGAAGAAAGGAAACAAUUUAGAUUUGAUUUAGCUAGAGGCAUGAUGGCAGACUUUGAUGUAAUUCUUACUACAUACACAAUGGUGGGAAAUAGUCCAGAAGAAAGGAAAAUGUUUAGAGUUACUAGAAUGCAUUAUGUAAUUUUUGACGAAGCUCAUAUGUUGAAAAAUAUGAAUACUCAGAGAUAUGAAAAUUUAAUAAGAAUAAAUGCUAGACAUAGAAUCUUAUUAACCGGAACUCCAUUACAAAACAAUUUGUUAGAAUUAAUGUCUUUGUUAAUAUUUGUGAUGCCAAAAAUAUUUGCAGAAAAAGCUGAUGAUUUGAAAAGUUUGUUUCAAAAAAAUUCAAAGAAACAGGAACAAGAUGAUGAUUCUCUUCCCACCUUUGAAAAAGAACAAAUUGAACAAGCUAAAAGAAUUAUGAAACCUUUUGUUUUACGUAGGUUGAAAUGUGAUGUUCUUCAAGAUCUGCCAAAGAAAACCGAUCAUGUUAUCAAAAUUCCUAUGGCCCCUUCACAGAAAGAACAAUAUGAACAAUUGGUGGCUUCUUAUAAAAAUGUGAAUGAGUUUGGACAAAAUACAUACAAUGGUAUGAGUAUUAUGACAGAUCUGAGGAAAUUAAGUAACCAUCCAUUACUCAUGAGAUUUUAUUAUGACUAUAAUAAAUUAGAAGAAAUAGCCAAGUUAUUAGCUGCUGAUCCAGGUUAUAAGGAUACUGUAGUACAAUAUAUUAUAGAUGAUUUAACCUGGAUGUCUGAUUUUGAGAUACAUACGUUGGCCAGAGAAUAUAGUUGUUUAGGUGGAUUUCUAUUACCGGACAAUUUAAUGCUAACAUCCGGGAAGUUUCAGCAGCUUGACAAAAUGUUAGAUGAAUUGAAAGAGAAUCAACAUAGAGUAUUAAUUUUCAGUCAGUAUGUCAUAAUGUUAAAUAUAGUAGAGGAAUAUUUAAGAAUUAGAAAUUAUAAAUUUUUGAGAUUAGAUGGAAGUACGGCUGUCAAUAUUAGGCAAAAUCUAAUAAAUGAAUUUACGGAUGAUCAAAGUUAUUUUAUUUUCUUGUUAUCUACACGAGCAGGUGGUUUAGGAAUCAAUUUGACAUCGGCUGAUACUGUAAUUAUCCACGACAUAGACUUUAAUCCUUAUAAUGAUAAGCAAGCUGAAGACAGAUGUCAUAGGAUGGGACAAAGCAGACCAGUUACGGUUUAUCGAUUUAUAUCUCAAGGUACCAUUGAAGAAGGCAUGUUAGAAAUGAACAAAGAGAAAUUGAAAUUAGAAAAAGAUAUUACAACUGAUGAAACUGAUAAUCCAGAUGUAAAGAGUGUUGUGAGGUUAUUAUCUUCAGCUUUGGGCAUCGAUUCAGUUAAAGCUUCAACUUUGAUAAUGCCAAAGAAAAAACCUUGAGUAAUUUCUAUUUAAGACUUUUUUGUACACUUUUUACAUAUAUGUAUUGAUAAUAUUUACCUCGUCGGUAGAAUUAUUAAGGUACUCGUUUAAUCAUUUGUAUUAGGAAUACUUAAUUGGAGUUGAAAACAGCACAGUGAAACGACACUUUUUUUUGUUUUAGUUCAACAGUAUAUUUUAAAUAAAAAUAUUUUUUCAUUACAAA